AUGCAGGCCAUCAACCGCGUGCUCCGCCAAGGGGUAAGGCCUUCAUCCUCGUCAAGGAGUGCGAUUCCAAUUGUUUUGCCAGACUGGUGUGAGAAAGGGACAAGUCUAGUGUACAUAUCCAAAAGUAAUGGGCAAGCCCACACUGUCACAGUUGAAAAGAUCGAGGAGAGACAGCAGAUGGUUGUCAUCCGCUUCGACUCCAAUCGAAAAGUAUGGAAACGCGUACCGUUCAUGGAGGUGAGGAAGUUUGGCGAUGGCACCCUGAGGCCCCUCUGGAAGAAGACGGAGGUCUCCACGGUGCCAGAGAGGCCCAAGAACUUCGUCGAUGUGGAUGACCAGGUUGCUGGUCCAGCACCAAAGCCAUCAGAUGCUGAGCCAAGUCCCGAAGUGGUCGCGGCAAGCCCGCCGGAGGCUGCCCCAGAGCCCGCCAAAAAGCGGCCGGCAGAAAAGGCGCCGGCUGAGAAGGAAUCCAAGCCUAAGAAGCGAAAAGGCUGA